AUAUAAGAACAGCUGUGGACCAGCACACGCCACCUUGCUGACAGCCGCUGACUGCGACACAGAGGCCGUAAGAUGGUGUUGAAGAUUGUGGUGGUGUGUGUGGUGGUGGUCCUUGGUGUGGGGGAUGUCACUCCCUCCUUGGUCAACCCCGUCCAGGACUCGAACCCUCGAGAGUGGCCCUGCCCGGUAGACUCCGACUUUUAUCCCUGCGUCUGCUCUACUAACGAAUACUUCGAGCUGUUUAUUGACUGUUCUGGAGUCACAACUGAUAAAGAACUAGAAGACGCUUUCAGCCUGGUACAGUUUCCAUUCAAACAUUUCAAACAAUUUAAAAUAGACCAUAAAGGAACCCCGAGCCAGCUAACAGUGAUCGACGGGAACACCUUCGCUGACCUGACCUUUGAACAUGUGAUCAUCAGCGGGACACUGCUCACUCAAGUGGCCGACGAGACCUUCACUAACUCUCAAGAAACUCUCCUGACGCUGGAUCUCUCAGAAAACAAAAUCUCACAAUUUCCAUUUGAGGUCAUAGAAAAUUAUUUAGUACUUACUCAAUUAAUUCUGGACGAUAACGAGUUCCUGGAGUUGUCGCCAAUGACGUCGGCGUCUCUGCAAAUCCUCAGCGCAAGUGGCAACGAGAACAUGGCCUUGUCCAGCAUUGAUAAUCUUCCCAAAUUGAAAGAAAUAUAUUUUGCGCGAAUCAAACUCCAAAAUAUCGAACCAAAUUACUUUAAUGCACUUAACUUCCUAACCCAACUUGAUCUGCAACAGAAUGAACUCACAGACCUGAAUGAAUUUACCAUCGCGACACCGAGUAAGACUUUGAAGACGAUCAACUUGGACUCCAAUCUCAUCGAGACUAUUCAUCACGAUACCUUCCAUGGGCUGGUCCCCUACGCAGAAGUCUCGAUGAGAAACAACUCAAUAGUUGACCUGACGAAUACAACUUGGGCUCACCUUUUUACCCAGAUUGUCCCGAAUGGGAUUCUUGAUUUGGCUGACAACCCUCUGAGGUGCGGGUGUGACAUUGCCUGGAUCAUGUUCUCCCCGAGCCAGGUGGACCUGCAAAUAAUCACCGACACCUCCAAAUGCACCAGUGGAGAACAGCUCAUCUACCUGGACCUGGCAUACUUCUGUGAUCGCUGCGCUCAUGCCAACCCCGACGUGUGUGUGUAGCGGCCAGCCAGGUGUGUGUGUGUGUAGCGGCCAGCCAGGUGUGUGUGUGUGUGUGUGUGUGUGUGGAGGACCAGCAACGC